UCUCUAAUUAUUCCAUUUUUCUUUCUCUCUUUUCAUUACAGCUACGACAUUGGGCAUGAUGGUUAUUUAGAUUUGACCGAAUUAAAAUAUAUGAUGGAAAAAUUGGGCGCCCCACAAACCCAUUUGGGCCUUAAGGACAUGAUCAAAGAAGUCGAUGAAGAUAAUGAUGGCAAAAUCUCAUUUAGAGAAUUUUUAUUAAUCUACCGCAAAGCACAAGCCGGUGAAUUAGACUCCGACUCAGGCCUCAACGCCUUGGCCCGCCUAACCGAAAUCAGUGUCGAAGAGGUCGGCGUAAGUGGUGCCAAGAGUUUCUUUGAAGCGAAAAUCGAACAACAAUUAAGAACUAAUAAAUUUCAUGAUGAAAUCCGACAAGAACAAGAGGAAAGACGUCGCCAGGAUGAGGAAAAAGCAAAUCGGCGUUUAUUGUUUCAACAAAGAGCUGCAAUUUUCCAAUAAAUUUCCUUAUUGCCCAAGCAAUUGCUGAGUAAAACUGGGGUCUUUCUUUAAUAGAAUAAAACAAAACAUUUUUUUUUUUCUUAAAGAAAUCUGCCCCCAAAACAUAUUAAGCUUUAAAGUCGACAUAACUAUUUUAAUAUUUAGUUUAUUAUAUUUUUUAAUUAAUAAUAUUAUGAUUUUAUGUUUUAAACUAUUAAGUAACAAAAACCUAAAAAAAGUGGUAUAUAAAAAAAUAGUUUAAAAAUUAAGCUUAGACUAAAAGAAAAUUUUUAAGUUUGAUACUGGAAAAUGUUUCUUUUUUUAUUCAAUUUCUUGUUAAUUUGUUUAAAUUUAUUGUAGAAGAAAAAAACAUUUAGGGAUUUCGUAAAACCACACAAACACAUCACAUUUAAUUGAUUUGAUUAAUAUAAAAUGAUCAACAUAUACAUCACAAUUUUACUAUACUAUACAUAUAAAUUAUCAUCAUAAUCAUCUAUUUAACGUUUAAACUUUAUAUAUACAAAUAAAAAAACCAUAAUUAAAUUAAAUCUUAUAAAAAAACAUAAUCAAAAACUUAACAUACAAACAUACAUACAUCUUAGAAAAUAAUUAAAAUUUACAUUAUUAAGCAUUUUAUAACGGAAGAAACUCAAAAAGAGAACUUAUUAAAGAAUUAAUUAUUGUCUUUAUAAAUUUUCCUAAUUCCUUCUUCGUUUGGGUUGAAGUUCAAAUUUGAAGUUAUACUUACUAAUUUCUAACAGCGUUUGAAAUCAAAUGUACACUACAUAAAGUCCUAUACUAGGUCCAAAUUAACACUAAAUAUUGAAGUUAAAUUUGAACUAUAUAAACUCAAAAGAUUUAAGAUCAAUUUAACUCAAAGAUUUAUGUUAAAUCUGAACCAAAUAAUGAUCAAGAAUUUAAGAUACAUAUGAUUCACAUAAAGACCCUAUUUAGAUCACAUAAAGUUCUAUAAUUAAAGUCGAAUUUAGUCAACAUAAAGGUCUAAUGAUCUAAAAUCUUUAUGUUAACUAUGGUUUCCAAUUUGGACUUUAAAAAAAACAUAAAAUAAAAGUUAAAUUUGAUCCAUAGAAAGACCAAAGAUUGAAGUAAAAAUUGACCAAAAUUGAAGUUGAACUUCCUCCACAUAAAGACUAAUAACUGAUUUUAAAAUCGGAGCAAAUUUAAAUCAUAGAUAGAUCUGCCUUUCAAAUUAAAUUUCGAUUAAGUAAACAUCAAGAUUCAAUGAGAAAUUUGAUCUUAUAGGCCAAAGAUUAAUGUUAAAUUUAUACUGCUGAAAAGUCUAAGAUUAAAGUUAUAUGUGGUCCACAUAGAGACCUCUAAAUAAAGUUUAAGUUUUUCUACAUAAAGAUCGAAGAUACAGUAAAAUUUUGGAUCAUGUAAAGAUCUGCAAUUGAACUUAAAUAUACUCCACAUAUAGAACAAAGAUUGAAUUAAAAUUUGGAUCACAUAAAGAGAAAUGGACAUCAAAUUUGGAUCCAGUUUGAAGUUAAAUUUGGGUUUAAUAAAUAUCAAGAUUUAAUGAUACAUUUUUACCACAUAUAGGCCCAAGGUUAUUGAUCAAUUUAUACUGCAGAAAGUCCUACGAUUAAAGUUAUAUUGUUCCACAUAGAGACCUCAAAUUAAAGUUAAAAUUUUUCUACAUAAAGAUCGAAGAUUACAGUAAAAUUUGGUCCACUAAAUGAACUUUUUUUUAUUCGAUAUAAAGAUCAAAGUAUCAAAUCAAAUUUGUAACACAUGGACACGGAAAUGGACAUCAAAUUUGGAUCCAAUUUGAAGUUAAAUUUAGAUUUAAUAAAUAUCAAGAUUUAAUGAUACAAGGUUAUUGAUCAAUUUAUACUGCAGAAAGUCCUACGAUUAAAGUUUUAUUUGUUCCACAUAGAGACCUCAAAUUAAAGUUAAAGUUUUUCCACAUAAUAUCGAAGAUAACAGUAAAAUUUGGACCACGAAAAGAUCUCUUUUAUUCGAUAUAAAGACCAAAGUUUAGAUUUAAAUUUCGAUCACAUAAAGAGAAAUUGACCUCAAAUUUGGAUCCAGUACAGAACUGCAAUUGAAGUUAAAUUUGAAUUAAAUAAAUAUCAAGAUUUUAUGAUUGAUUUGAUCCACAUAAAAUUCUACGUCCAAAGUUAUAUUUUGUUAAAAUGUUUCCACAUAAAAACCGAAGACUGAAUUAGGUAUAUGUAGAGCCAAGCCUGGACAUAUCUGGACAAAGAAUGGAAUUUCUAUAGUGUCAUCCGUUACAACUCAUUCAAGAGAAAAAAUAGACACAUUCACGCGAUUAUGUGGAUAUGGCUAGGUCCAUAUACUACUGACUCAUUUUUGAACAACACACGCCCAGCCUUGGCUCCACAUUCACUCCUCCUUUUCAGGGUAUGUGUUGUCUAUUUCGGCAA